CAUCUAAUUAAUCAUCAACUAUGUAACAUGAUCCUGACCCAUAACGAAGGGACCUGCUGAGCCUUUGGAAACCUGUCUACUGGCCUUCUCCAGACAAUUCCUUCCAGAUCCAGGUAUCCGUGCCCGAGGAUCCCAGGCUGAUGGGGGCCCAGCUCUCCUCCCAGGCUGACACCAAGGCGCCCCGGGAGACACUGCGCUUCCACCCUGAGGCCAAGGGCGCGCAGGUGCGUCUAGACGCCCAGCGGUGCACUGCGCGCAGGAACGCCACGUUCCACGACGGCAUCGUGUUCAGCCAGCGGCCGGUGCUUCCCGGGGAGCGGGUGGCGGUCCGCGUGGUGUGGCACGAGGGCGGCUGGUGCGGCGGGCUCCGCGUGGGCUUCACGCGCCUGGACCCCGCGCGGGUGUCCGCGCCCAGCCUGCCACCCUUCGUGUGUCCGGACCUGGAGCUGCAGAGCCCGACAUGGGCGGCCAUGCUGCCCGAGGGCUGCGCGCUGGCGGGGGACGUGGUCUGCUUCUGGGUGAACCGCAGGGGCCGGCUUUUCGUCAGGGUCAACUCGGGCCCCCGGCUGCUGCUGCGCAAGGGCGUGCUCAUGGGCGCCCCCCUCUGGGCCGUGAUGGACGUGUACGGGACCACCAAGGCCAUCAAGCUACUGGAUCCCACAGCCAGUGCCUUCCCCUCAACCGUGCCACGGGCCCUCAUCGAUGAGUCUCUGCAGCCGGAAGCCACAGCAGGAGAGGAAUGUGCCAUCUGUUUCCACCACGCUGCCAACACCUGCCUGGUUCCCUGCGGCCACACACACUUCUGCAGCUACUGUGCCUUGCGGGUCUUCAGGGACUUGGCCAAAUGCCCUGUAUGUCGCUGGGAGAUCAAGGCGGUGGUCCCAUCGUGGGGCCCACCCAUUCUGAGGACUGGGGAGGGCCUCCUGAUGCAGGUAGCAAAUUGAAUCUAGCUCUGAGCCAGAGGGAGGAGGUGCAGCCCCACCUCCGUUCUGGAGAAGAGUCCGAAAAGCUGGUCAUCAACAAGAGAUGGGGGCAGG